CAGCACGGUGCAGCUCCGCCUCUCACUGUGUCUCCAGCAGCAGCAGUGUGUGUCUGUAGUAGUAAUCCGCCUGCUCUCUCUGCGCGCACUGAGCUCGCAUUUCGUGUCACGGUGCCACCGGGAGAGCUAGGCGACAGACUGCUGCGCGUCAGGGGACACCAGUCACCACCAUCAUCCGGACGGUUCAAGCGACAGACAUCCCGCCGCGGGCAAUGACAUUGGCAGACUGAAGUGGGAAUACACGAGAAAACAACGCAAAAAUGACGGUGGACUUUGAAGAAUGUAUAAAAGAUUCACCCCGGUUCAGGGCUGGCAUUGAUGAUGUGGAGACAGACGUGGUGGAGAUUGAGGCGAAGCUCGACAAGCUGGUGAAGCUGUGCAGUGGGAUGAUCGAUGCCGGCAGGGCCUACGUCAGCGCCAACAAGCUCUUUGUCAACGGCAUCAAGGACCUGUCCCAGCAGUGCAAGAAAGAGGAGGCGAUAUCGGAAUGCCUUGAAAAGUGUGGAGAAAGCCUCCAGGAGAUCGUCAACUACCACAUGAUAUUGUUUGACCAGGCUCAGAGGUCGAUCAAGCAGCAGCUUCACACCUUCAUUAAAGAGGAUGUGCGUAGGUUCAAGGACACCAAGAAGCAGUUUGACCGGGUGCGCGAGGACAUGGAGCUGGCCCAGGUGAAGAACGCCCAGGCGCCCAGGAACAAGGUGCACGAGGCUGAAGAGGCCACACAGGCCCUCAUCCUCAGCCGCAAAGCCUUCAGGCACCUGGCACUAGACUACGUACUACAGAUUAAUGUGCUUCAGGCCAGGAAGAAGUUUGAAAUCCUGGAUGCAAUGCUGUCCUUCAUGCGCGCCCAGUACACUCUGUUCCAGCAAGGCUUUAACAUCUUGGACGAGAUUGACCCCUACAUGAAAAAACUGGCUGCACAGCUGGAUCAGCUGGUCAUCGACUCUGCGAUGGAGAAGAGGGAGCUGGAGCACAAACACGCCAUCAUCCAGCAGAGAACUCUGAUGCAGGACUUUUCUUAUGAUGACCCCAAGUUGGAAUUCAAUGUGGAUGCACCCAACGGUGUGGUCAUGGAGGGCUACCUCUUCAAGAGAGCCAGCAAUGCGUUCAAGACCUGGAACAGGCGGUGGUUCUCAAUACAAAACAGCCAGCUGGUCUAUCAAAAGAAACUCAAGGACUCUUUGACAGUCGUGGUGGAGGACCUGAGGCUGUGCUCUGUCAAACCGUGUGAAGAUAAUGAGAGGCGGUUCUGCUUCGAGGUGGUUUCACCCACAAAGAGCUGUAUGCUGCAGGCUGAGUCUGAGAAGCUGCGGCAGGCUUGGAUCCAGGCAGUCCAAGCAAGCAUCGCUUCUGCUUACAAAGACAUCGCCGACAAUUACUACAUUGAGCGUUUGGACCGGACAGCCUCGCCCUCCACGAGUAGCAUCGACUCUGCCAGCGAGCCCAGAGAGAGGGGGGAGAGGGCUGAUAGGGGAGUUCGGGGAGGCGGCGAAAGCCUCCUCCAGAGGGUACAGAGCCUGCCGGGCAACGAGCUGUGCUGUGACUGCGGCCAAGCGGCUCCGUGCUGGGCCUCCAUCAACCUGGGAGUGCUGCUCUGCAUCGAGUGCUCGGGGAUCCACAGGAGUUUAGGCGUCCAUUGCUCUAAAGUGCGUUCACUGACGUUAGACUCAUGGGAGCCAGAAUUACUCAAGCUGAUGUGUGAAUUAGGAAACACUGUGAUCAACCAUAUUUAUGAGGGAGCCUGCGAGGAGCUGGGAGCGAAAAAACCUGGACCAUCCAGUUCAAGACAGGAGAAAGAGGCCUGGAUCAAGUCUAAGUACGUGGAGAAACGCUUCCUGAAGAAGAUGAGUGGCAGCGAGGCAUUGGUGGAGGGUGAAAGAAAGUCCCGGCCCUGGACGGUGAAGAAGUGCCAGCGACACAACAGCUCUGUUCGGGCCCCCAACAAGGUCCGCAGGAAAUACCAUCGCUACGAGCCGGGCAGCGCUUCACCUGCAAACCUCUCAGCAGCAGCUGCAGCAAAGUUUCGUCGGGACUCCCUGUUCUGUCCAGAUGAGCUGGAUUCACUAUUUUCCUACUUUGACACUGGCUCUGGUCCUCGCAGUCUUAGCAGCGACAGCGGCCUGGGAGGAAGUACUGACGGCAGCACUGACAUCCUGGUUUUUGGCUCAGUGGUUGGCAGCGUCACAGAAGAAGAGGAGGAGUCGGAGGAGUCCUCCAGUGGCGAGGUGGAGAUUGAGCAGGAGGUGUCUUCCGAUCCCGAAGACCCGAGGGAGCUCCACCCCGGGGCGCUCCUCCACCGGUCCUCCCGUCUACACAACCUGCCACUCAUGGCGGAGGCAUUGGCACAUGGUGCGGACGUGCACGCUGCAAGCGAGGAGGAGGAGGGCAAAACGCCACUCAUUCAGGCCGUGGCCGGGGGCUCUCUGAUAGCUUGUGAGUUCCUGCUACAGAACGGAGCCGACGUGAACCAGAGGGACAUGAGAGGCAGAGGCCCGCUGCACCACGCCACCUACCUGGGUCACACUGGUCAGGUGUGUCUGUUCCUGAAGAGAGGAGCAUCGCAGACGGAGGUGGAUGAGCAGGGUCACGACCCCCUAAGCAUCGCUGUCCAGGCCGCCAACGCAGACAUCGUCACCCUAUUGCGUCUGGCGCGGAUGAACGAGGAGAUGCGAGAGGCGGAGGCUCCCUUGGGUCAACCAGGUCAAUACCCCAGCAGCAGCCCCACUGAGCAGCAGUAUAGAAAGUGCAUCCAGGAAUUCAUCUGUCUCACCAUAGAAGAGUGCUAGUGGUCACUUCUGUAUCCAGGAGCAAAGUGCUCUCUCUCUCUCUCUCUAUUUAUACACAUAUAUAUACCUAAAAUAACUAUGUAGACGAAGUUGCCCCUAGACACUGAUCUCUAGUCUGUUACUUACGUAGAUCGAGGCUUACGGGCAACUUCUUAGGGGUGUCUAAGGAGAGAGGAGCGUACCACUUGCGCAUUAUGGGGGGUUGCGUUGUGUCAUAGGGAGACCCCUGAUGGACCUUUUUAACUCUACUGACAAUACAGUCACCACCUCCAUUUUUUCUGCAUCACCACUAUGUUUCUGCUUGCCAUUACUCGGCACCACCCACGCUACGCUAGCUACAUGACACACACAGUAAAAUGACAUCUGCUUUUUGGUGUUUUGCUAACGGGGUUAUCCUCUAACUUAUCAUAACGUGGUGUAACCUCUUGUGUGAGGGUGUGGGUUUACUGUUACCUAACAGCUCUGACCUCUGAAGACAUCUCGCUGCAUUAACCCUCCCUCCCCCUACACUUUAUAUCUAUCCAGACCAUCUGUGUGACAUCCAAACUUACCCAUUUCUUCUUAAUCGGAGAUGUAAAUAGACGUAUUUAGAAGUUAUAUGGGUAAUCUUUAAACGUGCUGUGGCAUGAGGUGAAAACAAAUGGUAUCUGUUCCAUUACUUAAAGAAAAAGAGUAACUGACAAGCUGCAGUAGAGGUGGGCAGGGUAGUUUACUGUGUAUAAUGAGGGGUCAGGAAGGGAAAUUUAAUGUAAAACUGUGACAAAAAUACUGAAGGGCUUGUGGAGAAGAGACCCUUGCCUGCUUUGUAAGAUACUUUGUGACAUGAUGAGUGAAUGAGCGAGUGAGUGAGUGGACAGGAGAGUAAAUGAGUGCAUGAGAGACAGAGUUAAAUAAUAUGAUAUUAUUAUGAUACAUUAUGUAAAGGAAAAAAAAAAAGAAACUGUGCACUUUUCCCAUCUACAGUAUUAUAAUUUUGUAAUUUUUCAUUCAGUUAGUUUUUACAUUGUCCUUGUCUAGUCGAGUUAUUGUCCAUCUGUCUAUUGUCUGUUUUAUUUAUGUUUAUCUCCCCAGAGGACCAGUGCAAUGCAUUCUUGGGUGCAGCAGUUUACGUCUGCAUUUCCGUUAAUGAUUGUCAUUUUAAUCUGAAAGCGUUACUUGGAGUUUAUGUCAGGAAGUCUUUAGAUAAGCGUUGUAAAAAAGAUAUUUUGCUUUCAUUUUCCCUUUGGAACGGCCUUACAUUGCUAUGAUUAUUGGCAUUCAGACACACCACUGAAAGAGAUUUUACUAGCUAAUCUAUGGAAAUUAUAGUUACAAUGCACCAUUUUUAUGCCUGCGUGCCGGUGACAGCCGUAGCUGGAGGCGUUAUGUUUUCAGAUUGUCCAUCCGUCUGUCCGUCCGUCCGUACGUCCAUCUGUUUGUACCAUUCUUGCGAUAUCUCAGGAUCGCCUCGAGUGAAUUUCUUCUAUUUGGCACAAAUGUCCACUUUGACUCGAGGAUGAACUGAUUAGAAUUUGAUGGUCAAAGGUCACUGUGACCUCACAAAACACCUCAAACUCAAGAAUUAUUAUGCUAAUUAUGACAAUUUCACACAAAUGUCUAAUAGGAGGUCAUGUGAGGUUAUUUUGGACAGAUUGGCAGAGGCAUACAACCGCUAGGCAGUGAUUCUAGUUGUAAUUAAUGCAGUCAUUCGUUGUUUCCUAUGUGAGGAUGAGAACUUGCCAAGUUGAACCAGAGCAGCAAGAAGUGAGGGAGUGUAUUCAACUGGAUUUACUUCUCACCUUAAACAACUCUUCUGUUCACUCCCUUUUACAAAACAAAGGUGACACCUCCAUUCUGUUGUAAAUACUCAUCCAUGUUACAGUAUCUGUGGUGAGAUAAAGGUGCACAUUUCUUUAGAGCAGUUUAGACACUUGUGGGGGUCCAAGGACUUAUAUAUCUGGCUUCCCUCACUGGUCAACGCUUGCAGUAUUCUCUGCAUGCUUUGCCAGGAUUUAUUUUCGGGAAGUACAACAUCGUUUGCAUUCUGAGCAUGAUAUAAUAUUUUCCUAUGGUUUGAUCACGUCGUGCAGUGCAGUCCUGUGGAAUAAGCAUGUACCACCAUGACCCCUCUGGUGUCAGACAUUCUUACUUUUUGCACCUCUGUGCCAUUCUUCCAUCCACGGACCAAAUCUGUGGUGACUUCCUCAUUCCUGUCUUUUUUUUUUUUUUUUUGUUUCCACAAAAGCUGACAAACAGUGAUUUUUAAUUUUCUUUUUUUAAUGUUGUGGUUUAUUUUCCUCUGCCAAAGACUUUUUAAAGGGAAAGUGUCUGACAUUGUUGUAUGAUAUCACCGUUGUUGUUUUUUUUUUUUAAACUGAAACUGUUCAGAGUAGAUACAGCAUAGUCUUACCAUGCUUUGUGAAGUGACAGAGUGGUAGAAACACUGUUGGUGUACUCACAUGUUGAAAAGAGGUUGCAGAAAUGUGACAGACCUGAGAGAUUUACAUAUGGCAGGUGAUAUUCUGCAAUAGUUCAAUGUACUGCAAGUAGAACCAGUCCUAGGGGUCGAUGUGAAGCUACUGUGACCAAACUGUUAAGGGCCCUCGCUCUAGCGGACGUAUUAAAUGUUGUGUCCAUUGUGUGUAUUGACGUAGGAGUGGUUAAAGGUGCUGUUCAAAGCAAACAUGCUGUAAAUAGUACACUUGUGUAUUUUAACUCAACGCCAACUUCCUGCCUCUCAGCAUUCAAUCAUGGAUCCUGACUGUCUGAUCUGGUUUAUGUUUGUCUUUUUAUUCUCUUCCAAAAAAAAAAACCUGUCGGGCGAAACUUUGCCACAGUUCUGCGCUACUUGGAGGCGUUCUUCUGUUCACUGACAUUUGGAUAUCUUUGGAAUACUUUCUUCCUUGUCUUUAGAAGCACUGAGGGGGAAAAAAAGAAAAUACAUACAAUAAAACUGAGAAACUCUUGAUGAACUAA